AUGAUGGACAAGUUGAGUCUCUGUCAUGCCGCCCUCGGUUCCGACAAGGUCCUGUUUCCGGGAAGCGACGCAUACGCCGCAGCGCUUACGUCGUAUUUCAGCCCGCAAGUCUCGGGCCUCCAUCCCCAGUGCUUCGUCACGCCCAGGUCGGCCCGCGAUGUAUCCUGCGUGGUCGAGACCAUGAGAGCCACCGGAGGCGAGUUUGCCGUCCGGGGCGGCGGGCACCAGUGGUUCCGAGGCGCGGCCAGUUGCUCUGGAGUCACAGUCGACAUGCGCGGCCUCGACUCGGUCGUCGUCAGCGGCGACAAGUCGAGGGUGACGGUCGGCGCCGGCGCGACAUGCGACGCCGUCUACGAGACGCUGGAUGCGCUGGGCCUCAGCGCCGCGGGCGGCCGUGUUGCCGGCGUCGGCGUGGCAGGGCUCUCGGGCGGCGGCGGUCAUUUCGUGGUUGUUCUCGCCGACGGCUCCGUCGUCGAGGCCAGCGAGCAGCAAAACUCGGACCUGUGGCUGGAGCUCCGCGGCGGGUGCAACAACUUUGGCAUCAUCACCAGCCUCGAUAUCAAGACGUUUGAACAGGGCCUGCUGUGGUCGAGUCUUACGCUGAACCCGCUCUCGGCCGUGGACCAGCAAGCCCGCGUGUAUGCCGAGCUCAUGGAUCCGGCCAAGUAUGACGAGAAUGCGUCGUUCUUCUUUGGCUGGUCAUUCAACAGUACGCACAAAUUGAGCGUUGCCCUGAACCAGCUCAUCUACACCAAGCCCAGUGGCGACGAGGUUCCCGCCUUUUACCAACCGGUCCUCGACCUGCCGACAAUCCCGUACCCUUCCGCCGGCGCUACCGUGGCCAACAUGUCGACACUCGCCAGGCAAGGGGUCUCACUGCAGCCGCCACAAGCGGCCCGCUACCUCUCGACAACGGUGACCUUUGUGCCUACAGAGGCCAUGAUCCGCGCCACGUUCGACGCCUACAACGCCAGCUUGCCGUCGGUACAGGACAUCGCAGGCAUCAGGUGGGACGUCAACCUGGAGGCGCUGCCGCCGCAGCUGUACGCGCGCGGCGCCCAAGACAACGCCCUGGGGCUCGCAGACCGGUCCGGCCCGCUCGCCGUGUGUCUCUUGUCGCCUGCGUGGUCUCGUGCCGGCGACGACGACAAGGUAUACGCGGCGGCGCGCGCGCUCAUGGACGAGAUUGACCGUAGAGCAAGGGACCUCGGGGCACACGACCCGUACAUCUACAUGAACUACGCGGCGCCGGGGCAGGAAGUGAUUGCGAGCUACGGGCAGGCGAGCGUGGCACAUCUGCAGCACGUCAGGGCAAGGGUUGAUCCCCACGGGCUCUUCACCCAUCAAGUCCCGGGGGGGUUCAAGAUUCCACAGUGA